AUGUCUUCCAAGAGUGCUGCCGAAGUUAUCAGCUCCGACUUGUCCGCAUUGAAAACGAAGAAAUCCAAAAAGAAGAGAAGCGGUAAGAAUAAGCCGAAUGGAGAAAGUCAGAAAUCGAAUGGUGUUGUCCCGGAUGAGACCCACGGAGAUGAGGUGGAGCUUGAAGAAGGGGAAUCACAGCCGUCAACCGAACCCCCCACACCCACAUCAGACACCAAAUUAGAAAAUUCGAUACGAAGCCCGUAUGUACAUAAAAUCGAUACCGGAAACAAUGGAGAGAUCCACCAUGCGGCUGCGGUAGAUCAGGCUGCUCCGGCCCAGCGGGUCUUGCGAAGGAUAUCGCUGACCCAGAGGCCUAAAUCGGUGCAGACGUCCGACGACCACUCAGAGCAGCCAGCUCCAUCAUCACACCAAGACUCAACAACAGGGAAUUCAGUAGCUAUGCUCGAGGCCCUGACACAAGAGCGAGAGACCCUACGAGAUGAGGUAUCUCAAGUACGCAAAUCAUUGGAGGAAUUUCAGGCUAAGCACGAGAAUGAAGUCUCGAGCGUGAGAGAAGAAUUACACCAGACACAGAAUGGCAAGGAGCAGGCAGAGUCUCAAUAUCGUAAUCUGCUGGGCAAGGUCAAUACCAUUCGGUCUCAGCUGGGAGAUCGGUUGAAGGCGGACGCCGAAGACCUUACUCAGGCGAGAGCGAGGAUUGAAGAGCUCGAAGAGCAUACCCAAAGCCUAAAGGAACAAAACGAGUCUAGAGAGACCGAAGUCGCGGCUUUGGCAGAGCAAAUGGAACAACAGUCCAAAGAACUGUCCAGCCUUCGCAAUCGAACUCUGUUGUCACAGGAAAAUUUUGGGAAGGAGAGGGCGGAAUUUCUCCAGCGAGAAGCUACUGCCAAAGAGGACUUCGAGGCAGCCAAGCAAGCUAUGCAAGACUGGGAGAUCUUAGCAAUGGAAGAGCGGUCAGUGCGCGAAAGUAUGCAGGAAAAGGUCUCAGAUUUAGAAGAGCAGAUUUCGAGUCACCGCGAGGCUUACGAACGAGCUGCUGAGGACCGCGACACCCAAUCAUCUACGGUGGACGGUCUACAAAGGGCACUGCAGGAGCUCCAAGAUGGUAUUGCUGUUGCUAUAUUCACCUUUUCCAGCUUGCUAACAUCAACAGCUCGACGCAGAGAGUUGCGAGACAUGGUGGAAAACACACAAUUUCAGAUCGAAACCCUGCAAAAGCAGCUCCACAAGAGCGAGCACAAAGCUUCCGAGGCUUCGACAAAGCUUGAAUCCGUACAGCGCGAUUUAGAGCAGGCGCUUCCGUUCGAAAAGGAGGUAAAGGAGAAAAAUCUUUUGAUAGGCAAAUUACGCCACGAAGCCGUUAUACUGAAUGACCAUCUAACGAAAGCGCUCCGCCAUUUGAGAAAGGGCAAACCUGAAGACACUAUCGACAAACAACUCAUCACAAAUCAUUUCAUGCACUUCCUGGCCAUCGAUAGGGCUGAUUCUAAGAAAUUUGAAGUACUUCAGAUUAUUGCUAGCUUGCUCGCCUGGAACGAGGAGCAGCGUGAGCAAGCCGGUCUUGCGCGCCCAGGAGCUUCAAAUCCAAUUGCUCGCGUUCCUGUCUCGCCCUGGCACCGCACGCCCAGUACUCCUUCACUCUCGACAGACUAUGUCUUCGAUCACAGCACUCGAAAAGACUCACUAGCGGAUCUAUGGUCUGACUUCCUCCAGCACGAAGCCCAGGAGGAUAUCAAGAGUCCAAAAAGUCCUAGCUCGAAUGUGCCGUCUAGUUCAGCAAGUUCUAAACCACCUUGA